AUGUCAGCCCCCAUCUCCAUCGCCAACGACACCCACCACUCCCCCUCGUCCUCUGCCUCCCUCUCCCCCCAGACGCCCUUCUUCCCCACCCCCGCCCUCUCCUCUUCCGCCACCCCGAACCAGCCCGGAUCGCUCUUCAAGUGGGCCAGCUCCUUUGGCAAGUCGCCCCCUCCUGCCCAGUUUGCCAGUGGAAGCUUCACCUCCCGAGAGGGUAUCGGGAAGGAGAUGGGCACGGGCAUCCCAGAGCACGACGGCGAGCACAGCGACAAUUUCGAGUUUGGAGACUUUAACGACACUGGGAACAGCGGAAGCUGGGUGAAGGGGAGACGGGCAAUGUCUAUGAGCAUGCCGUAUGGUGCGCAGAGUGGCGUGGGGGCCAUGCUCAAGAACAACGGGUACUCGCCCAACGAGCAAAAGGAGACGCCUUUUGAUGCGGACAAGGAUAGCAAGGGGCAGGGGGUGUUGCGCAGGUUGAGCAUCGGAGGCCCUCCUACUCAGAACACACACCUCCCGCCCACCGAGCUUCCGGCCUCUUCCAGCCUCCCUCCUCCCCCCGCCUCUACUCCGUCUGGAGCCGAGGGGCCGUCCGAGAUCAAGCGGUCGGCUGCCUUGGGAGGCAAUGCUCAUGCGAGAGGGAGGAGGUUCUCGGAAAGCCAAGGAAACAGGAAGAAGGGAGUCUCCCCUAUGGGAGAGAGAAUCCUCCGUGAGCAUGGCCACUUUUGA